UAAACAGCAGGGGUAUGAGAUUUUUAGGGUUCGACAAAGAUUGUCGAGACUGUUUUGCUGGCGUUGCAAUUGCGUUUGCAACUUUAGGCGUAUUUUGGGCUUGUUUGAUUAGUAUUUAUGAUUUAGCCUCUGUGCAUGACGCAUAUUUUAUUUACAGCAUGGCUUCUGAACGUGAGCAAAACUUAGAGAAGUUCAAAAACGAGGAUCAUUCUGCAUUUGUUGUUGGGUACACAGGUGAAACUGGGAAAGAAAUUGUGAAGGAGCUGAACGAAUCCAAACCAUUCAAGAGGGUGGUCCUAAUUGGCAGAAGACAGACAAACAUAACUGAGAAACUGGGAAAAGAAUUUGAAGAGAGAGUAGUGGAUUUUGACAAUCUAGACCAGUAUAAGGAAGCUUUUGAGGGAUGUGAUGUCGGUUUUAAUGCCCUGGGAACAACAAGAGGAAAAAGUGGAGUUGAAGGCUUUGUUAAAGUGGACAAUGACUAUGUGAUGAAGACAGCAGAGAUUGCCAAAACUAGUGGAUGUAAACAUUUCAUCCACUCCUCCUCUCAGGGCACUGAUAAAAACAGUUCCUUUCUCUAUCCAAGAAUAAAGGGUCAGGUUGAAGAAAGUUUAAAAGUAUUACAUUUUGAGAGACUGUCAAUUUUCAGACCAGGGAUAUUGAUUUGUGAUAGAGAAGAGAGCAGGCCUGGAGAAACUGUGCUGCGUACUGUUCUGAAACCCAUUUUUUACUUCUUCCCAACUGCAAUAUCUACCCCCACAGAGAUGGUAGCCCGAGCAAUGGUGAACAAUGCAAUCAGUGCCCCAUCAGAGAACAAAACAGAAUUAUUUGAAAACAAAGCCAUUCAUAUGUUAGCAGGCAACUUAAAACCAAAGCCCAGUGAGAUGGUGAAACCAAAAAAGAAGACGGAGAGCCAGGAUAAUCAGGAACUAUAACUGUCAAGAGCCCCCCCCCCCCCCCCCCCCCCCCUAAAGAGAGAGGUU